UAGUCUUUCAUCCUAUGAGAGGCGCUCCGCCUUCUUGCCUGAUGGGAGGCACUCCGUCUCUAGCCCGCCGAGCGAUGCUCGAGCCUUGCCCAGAGGCGGAAGGCGUGAAUCAUUCCCCAGAGGGAGGACCGCUCGGAGGUGGGAAGAAUUCCCCGGAGGGAGCAUCGCUCGGAGGCGGAGUCUUCGAGCCUAACCCGGAGGUCGGAGGCGUGAGUCAUUCCCCAGAGGGAGGACCGCUCGGAGGCGGGAAGAAUUCCCCGGAGGGAGCAUCGCUCGGAGGCGGAGUCUUCGAGCCUAACCCGGAGGUCAGAGGCGUGAGUCAUUCCCCAGAGGGAGGACUGCUCGGAGGCGGGAAGCAUUCCCCGGAGGAAGCAUCGCUCGGAGGCGGUAAGCAUUCUCCGGAGAGAGCAUCGCUCGGAGGCGGGAAUCUUCGAGCCUAGCCUGGAGGCAUGAGGCGUGAUUCUUCGAGUAUCCGAGAAAGAUGCAAGUAUCUAGGGUGCCAUAUAUUUAAUGUUUGAAUAUAGCAUAGAGAGCGCCUAGCAUAAUAGUAAUUAACUGCUUUGCAUAAGAUAUAUCUCUGUAAAAGCAACUUAGCUUUGGAGAAGUUGGAGGGCGGUUAAGUAUUGACCGCUGCAUGUUUGAUCAACUCUGUGUCCAUGUAGUAUACUGGUUGGCGCUGUUGCCCAUGAAGGAAUGGUCUGCGGUUCGAAGGUUGGUGGAUGCGCCUGCUGAUCUUUUUUCAAUAAAGCGUGUGUGGGCCGCCUAGGCGAGCCGGGCCUCAGCGGGCCUAUCAUUGAAGCUUUGUUGGCGGUCAAACAUCGAAAAAGGGCCUUUAUAGAGCUGUCGGAGACUUGGUGGGCUUUGCGGUUUCUUGAUGUAGCGAUCCGGGGAUGUAGCGAUCCGGGGCGGGUUGAGAAUUUGGAGGGGCGGCCCAUUCUACGCGGGUGGUGAAGAUGAAGACUGAACCGUUCCUAAUAGUUGUUUGCUUUGGUGGAAGCGGCUCACGACAAAAUAGAGAAUGAAGCGGUCUUGAUAUAGAAGAUGCUCUUGUAGUCUGCUGGUAUGUGGACCUUGAUUCAAAAGUAUAAUGCUUAUUGGUCACGGUUCGAAACUUGGAGAACGCAUUUCUUUCAAUAUUUUUGGGGUGAGGCGGUCUUAUGGUGGAUUCCUCAGAGGGAUGGGGGCCAAGUUGCGGUUGGCGGGUUGUGAUGCGGGCCCAUGUGCCUUAUGGCGGCCCACAUUGUGACUGUUGGCUUGCGGAAGCGGUUACUGUGGAGAGCGGUUAAGUGUGGGUUGCUGCGUCCUUCAUUAACUCUACAUCCUUGUAGUCUACUGGUUGGGCUGUCUACUUGUGAAUGAGAGGUUGUUGGUUCGAAGCAUGGCGCAGGCGGUUCUCUACUUUUUUGCUGAACGUGUCUCGUCUUUCUUUGGGCGGUCCAGAUGGAUAAAUAUCUGGCGUCGCAAGAUGUUAACACAUAUAUCCUUGUAGCAUACUGGUAGGUGUAUUUCCAAGUCAAUGGGAGGUGGGCGGAGGCGGCUCUCUUAUUUUUUUAAUUGGAGUCCUGGUUGGGCUGUCUGAAGCUGCUGGUGUUGGGACGGGCUUGGCUGAAUGAAGGCGGCCCAUUUGGCAAUCUUUGAUGAACGCGGAGAUGGGCUGGAGGCGGUCCAUGUAGGUCGCGGAGAUGGGCUUGAUUGGAGGUGUCGGACUUUAAGCGUUGGGGGCGUUUGUGUGGUAGAAUCAAAGUGGGCGGAGGCGGCUCUCUUAUUUUUUUAAUUGGAGUCCUGGUUGGGCUGUCUGAAGCUGCUGGUGUUGGGACGGGCUUGGCUGAAUGAAGGCGGCCCAUUUGGCAAUCUUUGAUGAACGCGGAGAUGGGCUGGAGGCGGUCCAUGUAGGUCGCGGAGAUGGGCUUGAUUGGAGGUGUCGGACUUUAAGCGUUGGGGGCGUUUGUGUGGUAGAAUCAAAGUGGGCCGUCGUGCGUAAUGAGCGAGGCGGGCCUGAUGUGGGCUGUUGAGAUGCCUCUGAUGGUUGGGAAUCACUAUGCGUCUGAUGGGCUUUAAUGGUGUGAGCAGGCGGUCCGUUCUUCUAAGGUGUUAGAUGCCUCUUCUAAUCUUCUUUUUCUUCAUGAUAGAAUCUAGGGAAUGCUUCUUCCACUGUCUUCAAGUGCAUCUGCUUCUUUGGUUCUUGAGCGUUCCCUUUUAAGCAAGGCGACGUGAAGAAUCCAGAAGGCCGCUUUCCGAGAACCGCUUUCCUUCCUAGCACCCUUGAUUGUUGGGCGUGUGUUUAUUCUUCUUUUGGGCGGUCGUCGUCUAUGCAUCUGAGAGUGGCGUUCAGUCACCGACUUUGCGUCGCGGCUCUUAAUUGGCGUGUCUCUGUAUUUUGCUUGGCGUGAUUGAUUAUUCUUUCAUCCGGCAUCCUCAUCUACUAUUUCGGUUGGGUAUCAGCUGCUUCCUUUUCUUUUAUGUCCGGAUGUCAACGUGAAGUGGUUCCCUUUGAUUCGGCCGGCGGUAUUUUGAUUUGACCUCUUGCUGCAUAUUGAGCGAGGUGGACAUCUUGCAAGUUGAGCGAUUGAGCUCAGGAGGUUAGGCAUCUCUAAUUUUCAGUUUCCGUUGUGCGUUCCCCGCUCGGAGGUCUUUUGACUCCAGCCUGGCCUCGAUAACACUGCCAUCUCGGGAACUCUGCCUUCUGACGGACAUGGGGGGAGAAAAAGGUGACUGACACGACUGUUCCUUCCUUCUUAUUUGUGGUGCCGUUUACUGUAGAUGCGCAGUAGGAAGAGACCGGGACGAUGUUGACUGCUCCAUCUGAGCUCCGGCGCCGAAUUCAACUCCGACGGUCAGAAUUUGGAGAUUUCUGUGGCUGCUACUUGUUGGUGACCGAACUCUAGGUUUUCCACUUUAUUGCUUUCGGCUGGUUGGUGACGGUGAUGAACAUGGAGGGAAGCAACAUCGACACUGGCGUUGACGAGCAGCUCGGUGGCUACUGGUGAUUAUAGCGGGGAUUAACAAUAACGCGGCGACUGGUGGCUACGGCGAGUUUUGCCGGCAGAGGUGAGUGGUUGGGCGACGACCAGUGAAGACGACGCGCUGCGCCGGCGGAGACAAAUCAAGCUUUUCUUCCUUAAGCUCUUCUUUUUCCUCUUUCGUCUUUAUUGGCUUCAUGUGCGAUUGAGUUCUCCCUUUCGGCCAAGCUUCCAGUUUUGUUCUUCGAUGAGCCGGCAGUGGGGAUUGGCGGUGUUGAUCAAGCCGGGAUUAGCAGUGGCGAAUGACUGGAAGGAUCGGUGGUGGUUUGGGAAGAAUGAACUGAUGAUGACUAC